UUUAACAUAUUUUUUGAAUCAUUCCGAUUUUGAUUAAAUGUGACAAGGCUUUCAGCACUGAACACAGGGGAAACGUUAAAAGACAUGAUUCAAAUGGAAGAAAGCACGUAAAUAAGCGAGUUUUGGAUGCCCAUGACAAACUCCAGAGAUUUUUAGCUCUACCUAAGGAUGACAGCAGCUUUUGUUACCAUGGUGUUGUCUCCUAGCCUUUCAUAAAGAGAAAUGGAAACAAGCAAUGGAAGUUCUGAAACAGACUUCAUUCUUCUGGGGUUUUCUGACAGGCCUCAAUUAGAACGCAUCAUUUCUGUGCUUGUCUUCAUCUUCUAUACUGCCACUCUGGUAGGAAACACAACCAUCAUUCUUGUAUCUUACCUGGAUACCCAGCUCCAUAUUCCCAUGUAUUUCUUAUUAUCCAAUUUGUCUUUUCUGGACAUCUGUUAUACAACUAGCAUUAUCCCCCAAAUGCUGGUCAAUCUAUGGGGUCCAAAAAAGUCUAUUACAUAUGGAGGAUGUGUGCUCCAAUUCUUCUUUGCCCUGGACUUGGGAGCUACAGAAUGUCUUCUCUUGGCUGUGAUGGCCUAUGACCGCUAUGCUGCUGUCUGUCAACCUCUUCACUACACAGUAAUAAUGCACCCUCAGCUUUGCCAGAAGAUGGUCCUGACUGUCUGGUUAGGUGGUCUAGGCAGUGCCUUAAUUCUUUGCCCCUUGACUUUGAAGUUGCCAAAAUGUGGGCACCGGGAAGUGGAUAAUUUUUUCUGUGAGAUGCCAGCAUUGAUCAAGAUGGCUUGUGUCUAUUCAAAAGUAACUGAGAUUGCUGUCUUUGCUCUUGGAGUGAUACUUCUUCUAGUACCUCUAUCACUAAUUCUCAUCUCAUAUGGAGUUAUCACUCAUGCUGUCGUGAGGAUCAAGUCAGCAGCAAGGUGGCAUAAGGUCCUCAACACAUGUGGUUCGCACCUCACAGUGGUAACUCUGUUUUAUGGAACAGUCAUUUAUAUGUACAUGAAGCCACAGAAUCACACAUCCCAAGAUGAAGGGAAGUUCCUUACUCUCUUUUACACAAUCGUCACACCCAGCCUUAACCCUCUGAUCUACACUUUAAGAAACAAAGAUGUCAAGAGUGCAAUAAAGAGAAUACUGUGCGUAGAAAAAUGGUCAGCAAAGUCAUGACUUAGAUGGAAAAAAUCAGGGUGUAGAGAGCUAAAGAAAUAAUAUUGACUUUUACCAACAGAUAAUGAAUCAAUUCAUUUAUUCAAAGAGCAUUUCUGGGGUGUGUACUAAAUAGCAAGAAUUAUACUAGGUAUUCGCGUUAUAAGUAAGUAGGAAGUACAGAGAAAUGAUAAGGAGACAGAUAAACAAGACGUACAGAUACAAAAAGAAAAUGCAAUUCAUGUGCUAAAAAAGUCUCAAGACUAAUCAGGGACUGCAGAUAAAUAAAUAUAUGAUUAUGAAAUGUUGUAAGUACAAUAAUAGAGAUAUGUGCAAAGUAUUAAGGAAAGAUUUCACUCAGGCAUUUAUUCUAAAGUAGGAUUAUAGUGGACACUGAUUUUUUUCUUUCCAUACUUACCACUUUUAUGAGAAACAACACUCCCUUUCAUUCAUCUGAUACUGCCAGAGGAGCCUUUGUGGUGGAGAUUAAUUUCCUACCAAUUCUCAUUCCACCUUCUGCCUCAAGUUAUAGGACCACUGUGCUGCAAAUUACAUUUCCUAGUCUGGUCUCCACCAACACAAUGCCAGGGAAGUAACAUGUGCCACUUCUGGGUAAUUCUGUCAAAUAUGAAGCCACUUGCUCUCACCCCGCCUCCCUCCUUCCUCUUCCCGUUGGCUGGAAUGCGAAUGUGGAGGGUACCUAGCUCUGACAAAAACCCUAAGAGGGAAUGGAACAGUAAGAUGUAAACAGAACACCCCCCCUCCCCAGCUGAGCAAUUCCUCCAGACUAUAGAAGGAGAAAAAUCCUCUAUAUUAUUUCAUAUUAAUUAAGUCUGUAUUUUGAGGUCUCUCUAUUACAGUAGCUUGGCUUUUCUCCUUAUGUGGUCUGAUAAAGGAUUAGGCUUUUUCCUUUAGGGUAGUGUGGUCCCCGGGCCAGCAGCAUCAGCAUCACCUGGCAACUUAUUAGAAAUGCAAAUUCUUGGACCCCACCCCAGACCUACUAAAUCAACAAUCUGAGGAUGGACCCAGCAAUCUGUUGUUUUUAACAAGCACUAUGUGUGAUCAGGCUAAAGAUUGAGAACCACUGUUGUAGAGAAUAGGGAGACAUUGAAUGUCUCUAAACAGAAAAUUAACAUGGUUUUAUAAAUAUUAUUAAUUUCCUUCCUGAUAGAUAUGCAAAAGAAGAUCAAUACUGAUAUUUCAAAGCUUUUAGAUAAGUAGUUUCCAAAUGUCCCAAAUGUCAUACUCCAGAUCAAGGCCAGUCAAUGAGAGACUUGUUUGUCACCAAUGUGGAAAAAUGAGGAAAAUGAGAAGUUUCACCUAAGGUUAAAUGAAGUCAAUAUAGAAGUUUAUUGUUUAUCUAAUACUAUCUUCUUGCACAUUGGUUUUAUAAUUUUCUUUCUGUUAUUGAAUUAUGGUGGUGGUAGAUGGUAAUUUUUUGGAAAGGGGCUUGAUACUCUUACUUGGCAAAACAAAAAUUUAGCAAUCUCAUGUUUGCUUCCCGCUUUUUUACUUUAUUUUACUGGUAAGUACAUUCAAAAUCUGGGGAUCUGUAUGCUGGAGAAUAAACUACUCCAUUUUUCUACAAGUCGACCAUUUCGGAGAUUGGAAAUUUUCUCUGUAAGUGAGAUUCCUGACAUUGUACAAUGCCCUUUCUAUGUCAUUUCAAAGGCAGAAUAAGCCACCAUUUACCUGAAGUAUUUGAACGGUGGGAUGUGGGCAGUAAGGGUACAUUGUCUCUCUCCCUGAUCCUUAAACCCUGUGGUUUCCAUUCCUCAGUAAAAACAUCAUAACUUUAUUUUAAGGUUUUGGUUACUAUUUGCAGGUAACUUAAAAAUUGUCAAUUGUUUAAGCUUUGGUAUAAAUGAAUAUGAGAGAGGAUGAUGAUAUCAAAAGAUAGAGAGAGCAUAAAGACAAUAUAAACUUUAGGUACUGUAAAGACUGUGAAAAAAGAAUAGUAUAGAGUGGUGUAAUUGUAGCCAUUGGAAAUGAGUAUCAACUUUUCUUUGUGAGAAAGGUUAAUCCCAAAUCUUGAUAAACAUUUGCUUUAUCAUUUAAAAACCUCUUACUCAAUCUUCUACAUUCAGUUGAAAUCUUACUUCAUCUGAAAAGUCCUUACAGAUCUCAUCAAUCCGUCCUUUGAAUUCCCUCAAAAUUCUGACCAUAUAUCUAUUAUGGCAUUAUCUCAUUUUAUUUGUUUGUAUGUAUGUUUUUCCAGAAAAGGCAUUAGUGAGCUGUUCAACAACAUAGACCUUCUUCUUAUGUGUGAUUUUGCUGUGUCUAAAUUGGUUUCUGACAUGAAUUGCAUAAUUAAUAAAUGUCUAUACAAUGAUUAAAUGAAUGAAUGGUUUUUUAAUCAAUCUACAUGAAAAUGUUAUUAAUUCUGUAGAAUAUGGCAAAUGUUCGUUGGGUACUGAAUACUGGGGCAACAUUUACUGGCUUUUGUUAACACUUAAGACAUAUGAAACACCAGAGUUUUUCUUUCACAUACAUAAUACUAUAUAAUCUUCACAACAUCCCUUGGAGGUACAUAAAAGUAUGCAUUUAGAAACUAGAAAAAAAAGAGGAACAAAAUAAAAAGUUGCUCAUUAUUUCAUAACCCAGAAAUAAUGAUUACUAAUUUUUAAAUUAAUUUCCUUGUAAUUUAUUCCCAUCCAUGUUAAAGUUUGGGUCACGUUCAGUAUUCUGAUUUAUCCAGUAUUCUCCCAAUAUAUGCAUUCACAUCAGAAAUAUCACCACCAAGGGGAAAAACUUGACUCCUGGGGGAGCGGCAAAAAUCUUAGCUAUCACAAUGAUUGAUGGCCCUCCAAAGACUGUCAGAAGUGAUUGAGAGAGAUGGAGUUAGCCCUUUCUGAAUCUUUUAACAAAAAAAAAAAAUCUAAGAUCACCUCAAACCUCACUCUUAACUCUUAAAAAGUCACAUAAUCACAUCAACAGCUACCUGAGCCCCUAGCUUUAUAACUCAUCUGUAUCUUUGUUUCCAAAAAGCUUUCUAACAGGCCUAUGACUAUAACUUCUCUCCUACACAGUUCAAAUUUCAGUCCCAUAUCCCUGAACAUAAAAGCAAAAGUUCUCAAUAAAAUAUUAGCAAAACAAAUUCAACAAUCCUUUCAAAGAAUCAUACACUAUGAUCAA